AUUCUCAGAGGUAUAAUCCAACCUCUCUAUUUCACAGAUGAGAAACCUAAGACCCAGAAAGAUUUAGCGAACUGAUCAAAGUCACAGAGCUAUUUAUACUAAAACCAGGCAAGAACUAUUCUCCUGACGCUAGUCCAGAGCGUGAAGUAAAGCUACCAUUCCUGGACCAGCCUUAGAGGGACAAAUGUCAGAGAUAAUUAAACCUAUGUCUUGUUAAGGUUGACCUAUUACUGCAGAGAAACUCUAGCGGGUUCCUCACUGGCAAAGUCUGAUUUUUCUUCCCAUCUUACCAAAGACCCAUCUUCUAUUACUACAGCUUGGUAUGAGCCACUUGUUCCUGAAAUGGGUAGGUAAAUAAUGAGAAUAAAACCCCAUCCUGACCCCUCGUUUUCUCUGCUCCUUCUAGUAAUUCCAGGGAGGUAACUGUAACUUUGCAGAGGGUGACUAAGAACUGGAGAUCAAGACUGGCAAAGGCUGGAAGAGCUGCAGGUGGUAUGAAAAGACACAGAGGAAACAACAGAAAUGUGAUAUGGGAGACCACCAAAAAGCCUGCAGGAGGAUCUUAGUGACAGUGAACCUGGGACUUCUCAGUGGAGCCCAGGCCAUGGAUGUGAAAAUUCUCCUGUGUGGUGUUUACUCACCACUCUCGUCACUAAAACUGGAUGUGUGGAACUGGGGAGACGUGCUUUCAUGUUCCAUCGGGAAGGAGCCCUGGCUCUGAGAUUCCGGUUCCUUUUCACCUCCUCAGGAGCCCCCGAGUGGUACAAAUGGUUAACACACUUGGCUGCUAACCAAAAGUUUGGCAGUUCGAGUCAACCCAGAGGCACCAUGGAAGAAAAGCCUGGAAACCUACUUCCAAAAAAUUGGCCAUAUAAAAAACACGUGGAGCACAGUUCUACUCUGACACACAUGGGCUCACCAUGAGUUGGAGUCAACUCCACAGCAAUUGGUUGGAUUCCCUUCCUCAGCUACUCUCGCUUCCUUCCCACCAGACCAAAGGAGAAAAUGUUUCUUCCUCUAGCAGCCAUAGCCUUAGCCAUGCCAGCAAUGCCAUACCCUGAUGGGCAGUGAAAGGCCCAAAGGAACCAAGGAAGAGCUCAUUAGCCUAGGAACAAGGACAGUUAAAAGUUGAGACAAAAAUAUUUUCAGCAUCUUCAUUCCGUAGGGAACUUAGAAGGCGGGUGGUUGUGGUUGCAGAGAAGUAGCUGGGGGAAGAAUGAGUAAAAGAACACACCAAGAGCAGGUAAUUGCCCUCCAGGGAUUCCUGGGUUCUGAGAAGUUAUCAGCCACGACUUACAAAGUAAAACCUCCAUCACCAGGAAGUGGAUGGACGACUGCUCCAAGGACUUCCUGAGAGAUGUGCUACCUUCCCCACAAAGUGAGUCCUCUGUGUGAGGUGAGCACUCAGCCCAGACAGCCCCCACAGGAAAGGUGAAGGGCCAGCGUGAGAGGAUGGUGUCCAGACCCCUGGGAGCAGCCAGGACUGUGCUGGGAUUCUCCACUGUGCUGUUCUAGCUGGGUGUAGUAGGGGGGACUCGGGUUCCUCCCAGGACCUAGAUGAAGGAACUCAUUGCUUGUGAGCCACUCACUAAAUCCUUGGUCUGGUCAGCGGUCAGGUCCACAGUAUAAGGGGAAGUGCUCAGUGUAUGCAGAUAUACACACAGGAAAUAAGAGUGGGAGGCAAAAGGGUGAAGGCUUGGCCUCAAGGAAUUUGCGUUAUGUUGGAGAUUAGAAGAAGGAACCGAGAAAGGCUGAGCUUGAAACUAGACAAACCCACUACUGUCGAGUUGAUUCCAACUCAUAACUACCCUAUAGGGUAGAGAACUGCCCCUAGGGUUUCCAAGGCUGUAAAUCUUUACGGAAGCAGACUGCCGCAUCGUCCGCUCACGGAGCAGCUGGUGCGUUCAAACCACUGACCUUUGAGUUAGCAUCGGAGCGCAUAACUACUGCGGCAGCAGGGCCCCUUAACAGACAUAGAACCUGUCUUUUCCUGAAAAAGAGGAUGGUGACUCCUCAGCCAUCAAGAAGCUUAAUUCCUAUGGAAUGAGGGAGGGUUGGUCCCUGAUCUGGUGGGAGUGUGGUGUAAAGGUCAUCCCACCCUAGGAAUUACCUGGGGCAUUCCUGGGAAGGAAGAUCCCUUAUCAGAGGCUGCCAGUCUCUCAGUCUUGACCCACCAGGCUCUCCCAUUUCUGCUGGCGUGGCCUCUUCCCUCUUUUCUUAGCCUCUAGUUUGCAAUUCACCCUGGUCCCACUCACUGACAACCCCCAAACAGUUGUGUGUGAUAUGAAUUCUUUGAUCCUGAAAUCCACCAACACAUAUCUUAUUGCCUACAGUCCCACUGCCUGUGCCUACUUCUUGUUAGGUGCCAUCAAGUUGGUUCUGGCUCAUUGCGACCCUAUGUACCACAGAACUAAACACUGCCUGGUCCUGCACCACCCUCACAAUUAUUGCUAUGUUUGAGCCUACUGUUGCAACCACUGUGUCAAUUCAUCUUGCUGAGUGAUCAAAGACCAAAGAAUUUUUUUCCUUUUUAUACCAUUUUAAGCUAAAGCUUGUGUAUAUUCAUUUAUGGCAAUGGUUAGAAUUUCUUCUCUAGAGCUGGAAGAAACCUUGGUGUUUAACUGAUCUAGUUUGCUCAUUCUGCAGAUGAAGAGACAAUGGCUCAAAAAUGUAGUGAUACACCCAGUGAUGUAUAGAUGGUUUGUUGACACAGGCAGAUUGAAACCAGGUCUCCUUACUGCCAAUCUAAGUACACUUAAAACACAUCUACUUUUCCAAGAGAUUUCUUGGCUUCUACUUCAUUAUUUGUACACCUCUUCCUGACUAUUUUCGCAGUUCUGCUUGAUGUCUCCAGUUACCAGUCUUGGUGCUCCAACUUCCUCUAAAGCUCCUCUGAUGAAGUCACAAUGACUCACCGUCUCUCUCUUCCUGCCAGGCUGAGAUCCUGGAGAGGGAGAGAGGAUUCCUGUUAUCCCAGCCCCUGUCAUUGGACCUGAUGCUACUCAGGGAUUAGAAAAUAUUCUUGAGUAGAGCAAAGUGGAAUGAAAUUUUCUAAUUAUCCCAAAAUGAUGAGAAAGAGGCUGUUUGUUAAUUACUAUAGUUUAUCAUCAUCUAAAAAAGAUCGACAGUUUUGUAUUGAGCUCACCUUGGGUGCAGAACAUGGGAGCACCCAGUGGAUAUAGGUGGAUCUUCCACCUUAAUUCUUCACUCUGCUUGGGCAGGAUCUCUGUAACUAGGUUAUCAGACAACAGAAUUUGUUGCAAAGGGGACUCAAUGGUCCACAUUCUGUUAACUUGCUGGCCUUUAUGGCACAUACUUAUACUGCUUCUUAUCCCUGUAUCACUGGGCACAAGUUACUUCAGCCAUAUGGACUUGUUGAGUACAGUAACAACCAGACCAAUCGGCCGGUUGCCGUCAGGUCCAUUCCGACAGGUCGAUUCUGACUCAUGGAAACCCUAUAUGUGUCAGAAUAGAACUGUGCUCCAUAGGGUUUUCAAUGGCUGAUUUUUCAGAAGUAGGUCACUAGGUCUUCCUUUCAAGGUACAUCUGCUGGACUGGAACCUCCAAGCUUCUGGUUAGCAGCUGAAGACAUAUACCAUUUUCACUUAUUCUGGGAUUCCUUCCUGCCUCUCUACCUCAUUGUCAACACACCACUGACCACCUAACUCUUCAAGGUAACCAUUGUACCCCCAACCCACAGCAUGGUGCCUGAUACGCUUACAGAUGUUCUAAAUAAAUGAGUUAAUGAACUAAUUAAUGAAUUACUUUUAGAGGUGGAAUUAUAUCCAGAGAUUACAUUUCAAUAAAGAAAAACUGGCAGCAUAUUAAUUCUCUUUUUGUAGAGGACUGGGAAGCAUGCUGGGAGAGCGCUGACCCAGGGCCACCUCAGCUGAGACAGGAGAAUCCCUCCCUCUGGGAAGGCUUGGUGGGUUUCAGUCACUUCAUACUCCACAGUCACCUGUGAGUGUCAUUGGCUUCCAAAGGCUCUCAUGACAUUCUUUUGUUAACCAUUUGUUUAAGAGUCUCUAUCUAAACAGAUGUCUGCAGCUGACUCUAUAAACCGUACCUUAUCGAGGAGGGCAGAACCCCAGUGGUAAUUUAAUUACAGAGUGCCAAAUUUAAUUAGCCAAGCACUGACCUCUUUCCUGCCCUUCAGAGCGCUUAGCACAAUUACACUUAAUUAAUUUUUUGUCGUUAUUAAUUUAAUCUGUGCCCCUGAUUAAAUGGUAAAAACCCAGGAAGAAGGAUACACAUUCACCCCUUUCUCUUUCAGACAGGUCUCCAGGUCUGGAUCAUCUUGGAGGCCCGAAGAAUGGCUGAAUCGCCCUUACAGGAAGGGGCGCCGGGAGACCCAGAGCACCCCACUUGUUUUCACUGGUCUGAAAAGGCACUUUACUCACUGCUGCCCACGUAUGUGGAUUCUUCCUUACUUUCUGUCCCAUUUUCCUCCUUUCUUCCCACCUUUUCCUUUUCUUACCUUUCUUCUUUAGAUUUUCUUUCUCUUUCACUUUUUUUUUCUCUUCUUCUAUCAUUUUCUCUCCCUUUCCUUUACCACUUUCCUUCACUGUCUUUCUUUCUACAUUAAGAUCACCUCCAAUAAAUUGGAUCUGUUGUUAACUGUAGUCAAGUCAGCCCCCGACUCAUGGUGGCCCUAUGCACAAUGGAGCGAAACGCUGCCCUGUCCUAUGCAAUCUGCAGAAUUGGUUGUGGACUGGACCGUUGUGCUCCAUAGGGUUUUCAUUGGCUGAUUUUUGAAAGUAGAUUGCCAGGCCUUUCUUUCUAGGCCUUCUCAGGCUGGAAGCUCAGCUGAAACCCAUUCAGCGUCAUACAAACACACAGGACUCCACAGACAGAUGGGUGGUGGUUACACACACACACAAGUGCAUUGGCAGGAAAUCGAACCCAGUUCUCCUUCAUGGCAAACGAAAACUCUACCACUGAACCACCAACGCCUCAACUGGAGCUAGGCCCUAAAUAUAAAAAGAUGGCCAAGACAGGGGCUUUGUCUUUGAAAACCUCAUAGUUGAGAGUGAGAAGCCAAAGAACCUUCCUCCAAUGUCUUCUCAUCUACAUUCUCCUCUAACCACCUAGAUGAAGGAGCUUGGGCCCAGUGACCCAUUCCAGCUCUAGCCAUCAUGUAAUCCAAGGGCCUUAGUUUACUCACAGGCCCCUAGAGUGUGACCUUCACUUGUCCCCCCCAACUCCCCUCCUCCCCAACAGCCCAGCCUGCCUGCCCUAUGAGGAGAGGCAACCUGACCUGGGUGAGUGAUUUUGUCCUCAUGGGCCUCUCCAGGGACCGGGAGGCCCAGGCUGGACUCUUUGUCCUCUUUGGGGUCGCCUAUCUGUUGACUCUGCUGGGUAAUGGGCUCAUCGUCCUCCUGACUGGGCUGGACGCACGGCUCCACCUGCCCAUGUACUUCUUCCUGGGCCACCUUUCUGUUGUGGACAUCUGCUACACCUCCAGUGGGGUCCCCCAGAUGCUGGUGCACUUCCUCCAGGAAAAGAAGACCAUCUCCUUUGCCCGGUGUGGGGCCCAGCUCUUCUUCUCCUUUGCCUUUGGGGGCAUCGAGUUCCUGCUGCUGGCUGCCAUGGCCUAUGACAGAUAUGUGGCCAUCUGUGACCCCCUACAGUACGUGGCUGUCAUGAACCUGAAGCUUUGCAUGGUGCUUGCGGCUGUGUGCUGGUUUGUGGGCCUGGCUAAUUCUGCCGUGGAGACGGCCAUCACCAUACGCCUGCCCACCUGUGGGCGAAAUGUGAUCAACCAUGUGGCCUGUGAGACGCUGGCACUGGUCCGCCUGGCCUGUGUGGACAUCACCCUGAACCAGGUGGUCAUCGUGGCCUCCAGCAUCGUGGUGCUGCUGGUGCCCUGCUGCCUGGUGUCCCUCUCUUACACCCACAUUGUGGCCUCCAUACUGCAGAUCCGCUCCAGUGAGGGCCGCAGAAAGGCCUUCGGGACCUGCGCCUCCCACCUGGCUGUGGUCUCCAUGUCCUAUGGUAUGGCCCUCUUCACCUACCUGCAGCCCCACUCGGCUGCCUCAGUGGAGCAGGACAAGGUGGUGGUGCUCUUCUACGCCGUGGUGACACCUAUGCUGAACCCUCUCAUCUACAGCCUGCGCAACAAGGACAUAAAGGCCGCGCUGAGCAAGCUCCUUGUUGGGAGCUCCAUGUUAAGACGUUAGGAAAUGACUGUGGCAAUGAGGGCAGUAGGCAUUGAAGCUGGCCUCCACAUGGUGUGUGCGUGAGAAUGUACGUGUGAGUGUGCAUGCGUGUGAGUGUGUACAUGUUAGUGCCUGUGAGUCUGUGAGUGUGUGUGUGCAUGUGUGUGAGUGUGUAUGUGUGUGCGUGUUGCUGCAUGUGAGUAUGUGAGUGUGCGAGAAUGUAUAUGUGUGUGUGAGUGUGUGGUGUGGUGUAUAAGUGUAUGUGAAAGUGUGUGUGGUAUGUGAAUAUGUGUGUUUGUGGUGAGUGCAUAUGAUCUGUGUGAGUGUGUGGGAGUGUGUGGGAGAAUAUGUGUGUGCACGUGGUGUGUAUGUGUGUCGGGGGAUGUGUGGUGUGUAUAUGUGUGUAUGAGUGUGUGUGAAUGUGUUCAUGAACGUAAGACAGAGGUGGGAGGGCCACAGUUUACACUACGCUCUUUAUAGGUAAUGAAAAAAAAAAUUCCCCCCCUCUGGUCUCUAAUUUUGAUCCCUGACUUAAUCCAAAAUAUGAAAUUAAAACAAUUUGGAAAGAUACACACCACACAGAGGCUAAAAAAUAGAUGAAAAAAAGAAAAAGAUAUGCUGGCAUGUCAGAAUUCGGAAACAAUAUAAAGUCGGCAGUCAUGGAGUGCACAAAAUUCACGCCACGAAAAUCUGCUCCUUGCUAAGAUCCACAAAUGUGUGUCUAAGCUUCUCUGCAGUCAGUGAGAAAUGGAAAAAAGCUGUUAAAUUGCAAAAUCCACUGCGCCCAUGGGAUCAAACAGGCCUGAGGCCAAAGGGGCAGAGGUCACCCAAUGUGACUCACACACGGCCUGGCCCAGCAUGGGAGGGAAUUCACAUAGGAGUUUGGAACCAAAGUCUUAGAAUCGAUCCCCACGGCCCUGAUGAGACAGCAGGGUCGUGUGCGGUCCCACUGACGCUGCUGGGCAUAUUCCCCUUUCAAGCUUGCGGUGGGGCAGACGGCCUGUCAGCGAUCUAAUUGAGCAGUGUGGUCAGAAUCCACGCCUGACUAAAUGAAGUCCAGGCCA